AGCUGUUGGGUGGGACACACACACGCACACUCACACACACACAGUAUAUUCAUGUGCAGAAACAGUGCUAAAGUGUGUGUGUGUUUUUGUAGUAAUGAAGUCGGACGUUUUGUCCAUUCUGGUGUUGGUUUCAUGUGUCAUCCUGAUACCAACUACAUGGGCUGACAACUGUUCCAGCUACUGGGAUGACAACGGCCUACGUCGCGAUGGUCGCCAGUGUGGUGGCAUGUACUGCUGUGGGACCUGCAGCAAUAAAUACUGCUGCACUGAAAAGACAAGACAGCUAACUCAAGAGCAGCAGGAUCUCUGCGAUGACAGGCCUCGCUUUGAGAAGCACACAAGGCCUGCUAUACUCUUGGGCAGCAUCCUCGGCGCAGUCAUUCCCAUUAUCUUCUGCGUGGGUCUCGUCACCUGCUUUGUGGCUCCAUGCUGCUUUCUGUACAAAAAGUGCAAGAAACGACGUAACUCGCAGCGACGUCAAAAUGUGACAUCCACCUUUGUCGCUGCACCCAAUCAGCCAGCCUCCCUGUCCCAACAUUCGCCGUCCCAUCCAGGCUACCAACCCGUGCCAGUCUUGCCUCAUUACAGAUGCCCCACCAUACCCACAGCACCGGUGGGACCUCCCCUAUAUAUGGAAGCAGUUCCUCCAGCGUACCCUCCAGGUGUUCCACAACCACCACUUCCAGGUGGACAUUCGCAACCUCCCUACAACCCUUCCUAUGGUUUCAACCCCUAAAUCACAGACUUGGAAAGGAGCACACUUCUAAUCACUGUGUGGAAUCAUUUGGUAUUAUGAAGCAUUUUUGUGUACAUCUAGAAACGCACAGCAACUGGCCAACUGCAAGCGUGGAUAAAUACAGUCGUGAAUGAUCUUAUAUUUAAAAGUGCCUCAUCCAUCAUUAAGCAAAGAGACUAGCUAUACUUAUUUGUGAUGCGUCACUUAAAUGCGUCUUCAUUUACAGUCCGGGGGAAAAGGCAAGUCUAAUUGACAUUAAAAUAAUUGUGUUUUUAAUGACAA